UUGUUCUCCACCCGGCACAGGACAGGUCUGACUUGACUCGCGCGCUGCGUGGCCUGGCUCCCGGGAGGAUGUCUUACUUCGCGUACCAGUACAAGCAGCGGAACUACACCCCGUACUCCACGACGCGCCUGCUGGCGUGCGCCGAGCCCUGCGUGGUGAAGGGCCCGGCGCCGUGCGGGACCAAGUGCGUGGAGCCCUGUGCCACGAAACGGCCAGCGCCCUGCGUGCCCAAGUGCAGAGACCCGUGUGCCGGGAAGGCCCCCGUCCACUGCGAGCCCAAGUGUUUGGAGCCGCAUGCCCAGCGAGGCCCGGCACACUGUGCCCCCAAAUUCUCCGAGCCCGCAGGCGUGAAGUGCUCCGUGCCGUGGGUGCCGAGGUGCCAUGAGCCGUACGGGCCGAUCCCCGCUCGGCCUUUCCCCGAGCGGUGGAAUCCGUGCGCUCCUCCCUACGGGCAGCCCUUCGUGACGGGGUACCCCCAGGCCUGUGGCCCCUCCUACGGGCCGUCGUUCCCGAAAUACUCCUACCCUUGUGCUCCCCAGUGGCCCGGCGGGUGGGGCUACGGGGGCUGUGGGCCGUGCUAAGCCCGGAAGCAGCCCAACCCCGAUGGGAAACGAAAACGCUCGAGGCAGAUUCCCAGCUGAGGGUAUGGGCAGCAGGGUCUCACCCGGCCGCGUCCCUUCGCCACCCUCCCCUUCCCUUAGGUGUACGGCUCUUUCCGCUAGCGGCCUGGCCGCCAC